AGCAUAUAUCUGCAUCACGGUGUGUUCCCAAGUUGACCAGAAGAAUUAAGUGCCCAUCUCCAACAACAUGGCUUUUGUUGCACGUUUCUCUCCAAUUACCAGAUGCUCUCUUGCACCAGCAAGAUCAGCUAUCUUUGCGGCUUCCAGACCAGCUCUCUUUUCCACCACUACCCAAAGAGCUGAUAGAGGACCCAUCGAAGUCACCAAGGAUACCCUCAAGAAGGCAGAUAGGAUAGUGUCUAAUGCUGCCGUGAGGGGAAUAGAAAAGGGCGAGGAGGCCAGUCACAAAAUCAAAGAGACUUUCAGCCAUGGCGCAAAGCGAGCUGGGCAGGAGGGGACGAAGGCUGCUGAAAAGGGAAAAGAGGCCGCUCAACAGGCGAAAGAAAAAACCAUUGAUCUGGAGGAGCAGGCGAAAGCGGAGGCGGAGGAACUGACAGGGAAGGCAUAAUUUGAACACAGAGCCGAGCCGAUGGAAUUUUCUUUCGUAGUCACAGCAUUUUCAUUACUGCAUGAGUCCUCUUUUAUCGAUGUAUGAAUGUCCCUUUGUGUCGGCUUUUGGCCUUGCCUGACAAUUGAAAUGAGAUCACGAUGUAUUAUAUGU